CCAUGUCUCGACCCCUGCAAUCUAGAUUCGAUUCGUGUCUAUAAAACUGGAACGACGAAACGUCCAGAAACCAGGCAAUGGAGAUGAAGUGUUUUAUCAAGGGCCUUAAUUUGCGUUACAAAAGAAGAAAUGUUGUUACCGACAUCUUAAGCUUUCCAAGCUUUGAGGAUUUAACCCCUGGUGUCCUGCCACCUCUUCCACGGCCAUUUGAUGAUUACACACUGGGUGAUAUUGUCCUUGGAACUCCAAAAAUUGUUGAAGACUGUGAGGUUGACAGCAAAGAUUUGGAUGAUUAGAUACCAGUUGUAAUAACCCAUGGCCUUUUUCACUUGCUUGGAUAUACACAUGAUACUCAACAGAAGCUUAAUAAGAUGCGAACUAAGGAGAUAGAAGUUCUAAUGGAAUUUAACAAAAGAACUGGUUUGAAUACAGUACCAAUGAUGCCAGAAAAGAUUGAGGAUCUUACAUUGAGCCCUUGAAUAAGAAAAUUGUCACAGAAGAGAUCGCUGUGCAAGAGACGACCAGUAAUAAAGUGAAAGAAAUCAUAAGAGAGGAAUAAAUUUAAAGAAAGGAAAUUAUAACAUAACCAAAGUAAAGCGCGUGCUCUGAUUGGUCAAUUUAGCAUCCCCC